UCCCUCCUAGUUGGUUUGUUUUGUCAUGGCUUCAAUGUUGGGACCAAUGGGGAUAUAAUUUCGUAGUGUUAGCCAACCUCCAAGAGUCCAAACCCACGCACAGAAAAAUUUCCACUCGGAUCACUAAUCUCCUCUCCAUCCCUCUCCUCCUCCCGGUGCAAGCAGAUUGAUUGCCUUCCAAUUUCCAAGUGUUUGUUGUCUCUUUCCCGGGAACCCAAUUAAUAAUUCAGAAUACAUCUUUGAUAGACUGCGCAGUUCUCUUUUUUGGUCUCCAGAAAUUGAAAGAAACCUCUUGGCCUAAGUUCUAACACCCUUCGUAUUUUCUCGCUCUCGUUUAUACACAAUUUCACCUCGUUCCACUGUUUCGCAUUGAGAUACACACGACACGAGGCCUCGAGAGUCGAGAGCCGUACCAUCGGGGCUCCGUUUCUGCCGGUGUGAUUGAUCUCUUCGGUUCACUUUAAUGCCAUGCCUCAUGCUCGGUCGCUUCAUUCCUUCUACACGUAACUGACCAUUUCUCCUGCUCUCCUCGGUUCGAAGUCCGAGCUCCGAGAAGUUUAUUUGCCAAUCUAGGGCUUCCGGUUCUUGGGCUUUGUAUUUCAUGUUAUUUACCAUAAUGGGUCUGGGUCCCGGGAUUCAUUUGCUUUCGCUCAUGCCUAUCCAGGGGAUAGGCUUGUCAUUUUCACAAGCACGACUUGACUGAGAUGACUAUGUUCUUGGUUUGUUGUCCUUACAUUUAGAAGCCCUUCUUGGCCAAUUUUGCUGCUUACUGGUAGUGCUUUCUGACCAAUAGUUUUUUAGUACCAUUCCUUCAGAUUAUACAAGUUCCUUAAUUAUUUGAUUGUCCGUGGUUAUGGUUGAAUUGAGGUUUUCUUGGCCAAGUUCUUUGUUACUUAAUCGUGCAUACUGUACAGUAGAAACUUGAAAAGAAGCUUAAUUUCCGUGUCAUGACAGUUAUGGAGGAUUAGGGUUUGGGAAUUUUCAUUGAGAUCAGCAGUGACGUAUUUUCUUUGGGCGUAUAUAUGCAAGGCGAGCUUUGGUAUUGACUGAAAAUAAAUUUAAAGUGACAUCGGAUUAAUUAUUUUUGUUCUUUUAGAAAAUUAGUUUAGAAUAACGACGGGUGGUUGAGAAGUUUUACACGAAAGACUAAUUGGAGUCCGUUGAAUUUUAUUUGAUCAUGAUCGAGACAAGUUAUGGAUAGAAGUGAGCCAGCUUUAGUGCCCGAAUGGUUGAAAAGCAGUGGAAGUGUCACUGGUGGGAGCGGUACCAACCAUCAAUUUUCUUCAUCUUCAUUGCACUCAGAUGAUCAUGCCAUAUCAAAACAUGCAAGAAAUGUGUCAUCCAUGAGUGGGUGUGAUCAUGACCCGGGUCACUUGGUUGCUUCAGAUCAAGUCACAUCCUUUAAUUUUCACGGGAGUUCUAGUGGUAAUAGUUCUGUUCACACACGGUCUUACAGUAGUUAUGGUAGAAGCUACCGUGACAGGGAUUGGGAGGACGUUGUUGACUACCGUGAUCAGGACAAGUUGGUUUUGGGUGACCACAGGCAGCAUGACUAUUCUGAUCCUCUUGAUAGCAUCUUACCCAAUAGGUUUGAGAAGGAUGUGCUACAAUGUUCAGAGUCUAUGAUUACAGGAAAACAUGGGGACACAUGGCCAAGGAAAGUGGCUGCCUACUCAAAUAAUGCUAAAAGCAAACACAGAAGUAGUGAUCGUUUUGUUGGUGUGAGUAGUGUUGUUAGCAGUAGCAGUAAAAGUGCAUUUGAAAGGGACUUUCCAUCACUCGUAGCUGAAGAGAGACAACGCGGUUCGGAAAUGGGAAGAAUCUCACCUUCUAGCUUGAACACUGUCAUUCAGAGUUUGCCAAUUGGAAAUUUGUCUGUGACUGGUUGUGAUGGCUGGAAGUCAGCUCUAGUAGAGGUGCCUGUGAUUGCUGGAAGCAAUUGCAUGGGUGCAGUGUUGGCUCAACAGACCAUUUAUGAAAGCUCAGCUUCUUUGUCUCCAAGCGCAGGGACUGGCCUCAAUAUGGCUGAGACAUUGGCUCAGGGCACCCCGCAUGCACCUUCUCAGUUAUCUAUUGGAACUCAAAGGCUUGAAGAGCUGGCUGUGAAGCAAUCUAGGCAAUUAAUUCCCAUGACACCUUCCACGCCAAAAGCUCUGGUGUCCAGUCCUUCGGAGAAAUCAAAACCCAAUAUUGGGCAGCAGCAUACAUUUUCAUCACACCCUGUUAACAAAGCUCCACGUGGAGGGUAUGCAAAAUCUGAUGUUACGAAGAUACCUGUAGGCAAUCUGCGCAUCCUCAAUCCAUCACGAGAGUCGAAGGGUAUCUCUUCAACUCCUAAGGAUGGAUUGAGUCCCACAGUUGGAAGCAGAGUAGCCAAUAGCCCAUUUGGUCUCACUCCAUCUGCUGCUGCGUCUGCUCCCCCUAGGAACUUGAGCAACAAUUUAAGCCCUGCCAGUGCUGAGUGCAGGCCAACUGCUUGCCGGACAACUGUGGACAAGAAAACAUUGUCUCAAGCUCAGAGCCGGAAUGAUUUCUUUAAAAAUCUUUCAAGGAAGAACUCUUCUGCAAACCACUCUUCUGUCAUCCCUGAUCCUGGCCAAGCUAGCUCUAUCCCUGAGAAUUCUGAUAAAUUGGUCAAAGAAGCUUCCAUUGCUGAUACUGUUACUCUUUGGAGUGGAGAUGCCCCUUUAUCUGAUACUUCUAAAAGUUGGGGUCAGACAACUCCCAAUGGUUGUGCUUGUGAUGUGUCUCAGAAAUGUUUGGGCAAUGCAGAGGAGUACUCCACGCCUAGUAUGAUUCUUCAUCCAGAUGAGGAAGAGGCUGCAUUUUUACGAUCACUUGGGUGGGAGGAAAAUGCUGGAGAGGAUGAAGGCCUUACGGAGGAGGAGAUCAGUGCUUUCUACAUGGAGUACAUGAAACUGCGGCCAUCAUCAAAACUUAGGCACGAAAUACAGCCAAAUAUAUCACCAGCGCUUAACUCACAACAGAGCAGCUGUAGCUGUGCUUCGACUGAAUUGGUUGUGUCUGCUGGGUCAGAAUCUUGAUUUGGAAAAUGACUGAGCAAAGCUAGGAAGUCUGAGUGUGAUUGUGGAGGUGAUAUACUUAUAUUUUCUUUUCGGUUUCGAUUCAUUUUAAGCAGCGGAUUUGAGCCAAGUUGGUUUUAAGGGGGAGAAAGAUAAUGGGGAUGUCUGCCAUUGGUGUGUGCCGAAAGCCAUGUGGAAUAAUAAUCUGUAAAUGUUCCAUUCCCGAGAAUAAGGAUUGAUGUGCUCGGCCUGAUUUUAACUUAGGAUUUUCUUAGUUGGAAGGUUGAUAUAUAGAAGAAGUAGGAAUUUGUGUUUUACAUUGAUAUGCAAUGGAAGAAGUCUACCUUGGGGGAAGUAUGAUGAGUAAAGUGGAUUUUUCUUUCUUGUGUGGAGCUUGUGAUUUCCUUGGUCAUUUGAAAAGGAAAAGGAA